AUGGCGUUGCAGUCGCCUUCGUCUGAUACGGACUUCGAUGUGGUCAUCAUAGGUGCUGGUAUCUCUGGCAUCAAUGCAGCCUACCGCAUACAAUCUGAAGGACCGCCUGGCCUGAAGUAUGCAAUACUUGAGGCUCGAGACUCGAUUGGAGGUACCUGGGAUCUUUUCAAGUACCCUGGCAUCCGCUCUGACUCAGACAUAUUCACAUUUGGCUUUCCCUGGAGUCCUUGGGAACACACAGAUACACUGGCGACAGGACAUCAGAUAAAGGAGUAUCUUCUCAAAUCUGCCAAGACCUUUGGUAUUGAUAGGCGCAUACGGUAUCGUCACAAAGUCGAGGCAGCAGACUGGUCUUCAAAACACCAGAAAUGGAGUUUGAACGUCAGCUCGCCAGGCAGUGAACGCCCAGUCAGCAUACAUUCCCGCUUCUUGAUGCUAGGUACAGGUUAUUACGACUACGAGACGCCCUUGCAGACGGCCAUCCCCGGCAUUGAGAAGUUUCAAGGCAAAGUCAUCCAUCCCCAGUUCUGGCCUGAGGACUAUGACUAUACGGGCCAGGACGUCGUUAUUAUCGGCAGCGGCGCUACAGCUGUCACUAUUCUCCCAUCCAUAACGGACAAGGCCAAAAGGGCUACGAUGCUGCAGAGAAGUCCUGCCUAUGUCUUCUCAUUACCAUCUAGCAACUUUCUAACAAAAUUAAUCUUUGCCGUCCUACCAUCGGCCAUGGCUCAGUGGCUCAACCGGAUCAUUUGGCUUUUCCGCAGCUACCUAACGACCUGGUUCUGUCAAUCCUGUCCCGGCCUGGCCAAAAGGUUCAUCAAACACGUGACCGUCCAGCAGCUACCGCCGGAUAUCAAAUGGGACCCGCACUUCAAGCCGCGGUACAACCCGUGGGAGCAGAGGUUCUGCGCGUGCAUGAACGGGGACUUUUUCGCGGCGCUGCGGUCGGGCAAGGCGGAUGUGGUGACGGCGCGGAUCACGGCAGUGACGGAGCGGAGCAUCGAGCUGGACAGCGGCGCGUCGCUCCACCCUGAUGUGAUCGUGACGGCGACGGGCCUGCGGCUGCGCUUUGGCGGUGGCAUUCGGUUCUCUCUCGACGGCGAGACCUUUGAGGUUGCCGACAAGUUCGCCUGGAAGGCCGCCAUGCUUCAAGACGUGCCCAAUAUGCUCUUCAUGACCGGCUACGAGACCGCCUCCUGGACCCUUGGUGCCGACGUCAGCGCCCAGCUCUUCUUGCGUCUGAUCCGCCAGAUGGACCGCCGCGGCGCAAAGGUCGCCACCCCCAAGGUCCCCGACGCUGCGAACAUGCAGGAGAAACCCAUGAUGAACCUGUCCUCGACCUAUGUCAAGACGGCCGGCAAGGUGUUCCCCAAGGGUGGCACGGGACAGUGGAGUCCAAAGUCAAAUUACUUCAUGAAUCUGGCUGGGGCUAAAUGGGGUGAUUUGAGCACGGAUUUGGUAUUUGAAUAA